CGACAACGCACAGCUUCAGUAUGCUGCUCAACUUGAUACGUGCAAGCAGUGCUAUUUUUUUGCUCGUCAGACCUACUAAGGAGGAAUAUUGAGCCAAAACACAAAAAUUCGCAGUAUGUUACUAGAACGCCGUAACAUUUAAAGUAUUAUUGUCACACAUAAAAAUAAAAAAAAAAAUAAUAACAAAAAAAAAAAAUGAACAAGACAAUAAAAACAAUAAAUGCAGAAAUUAUCGUCUCUUGACACCAAGUCUCACAUUAAAUUAAAUUAAAUUAAAGUGUUAGUCACCAGAGACGCUUUUUAAAAAAAAGUUAUUAGCACCAAACAAAAAUAGAAUUAAAAUAAAUAAAAAAAAAUUAAGAGACUGAUAAUUAUUAAAAUAAAUAAAUAAAAAUGCCAGCAAUUUGCAAGCCAAUCGCAUGGACAAACGAAAAGCUCCGACCGUGCCUGGAUAGAUUGGAACGGUCCGAAAGCAGUAGUGCGAUACGAAAAUGUAUUUUAAAUCUGUUAUUUGAGUUUCUGGAUUUGAAUCAACAGCAGGAGGAAGAACAAGAGCUCUUAAAGAAUCCGCCGAGUAAUAUGUCACUGCCUUCAUUCCUAGCAAUUAAUGCUCUCGGAUUAAGUAUACCAGCAACGCCUCGUCUUCUGCACAACAAAUAUCUCUCGUGUCCCGAACACCUUCAAAUUUCCGGGCACCAAGACACGGUAAUUUUCCAGAAUAGUCGAGUGCACAAGAAAAUCAAGGAUUUGAGUGAUCCCGAGUUGGUGGCGUACCAAAAACUAACGGAAGACAGUUCCGCAUACAAAGUUGCUCCGAGAUUUUAUGGCAUCAAGACGUGCGACGACGGCAUCUUCAUCGAGCUGGAAAAUCUGCUGAGCGGGUUUAACGACCCGUAUAUGAUGGAUAUCAAAAUGGGUUGUCGCACCUUCGUCGAAUCCGAAGUCUCCAAUACGGGUUUACGCAAAGACUUGUACGAGAAAAUGAAGAGUAUCGAGCCCAGCACCCUCAAUACCGAAGAUCACGCUUUGCAGGCUGUCACAAAGUUGCGCUACAUGCAAUUCCGCGAAAAAAUGUCCUCGUCACAUGAACGCGGCUUCCGAAUCGACGCCGUCAAACUGCGUGGCUUAUCACCAGUGCGCGAUCUCAAAACAAUUCGCAGCAAGGAGGAAAUCGAACAACUUAUCAGCAUUUUUAUGAGCAUGCGACCGGCGGCGAUCAAAGAAAUCUACAGAAGACUGAAGUCCAUGCGGAGCGUCAUGGAGCAAAGCGAGUUCUUUAAAAAGUUCGAGAUUAUUGGCAGUAGUAUUUUUAUCGUGUACGACGAGAAGAAGGCUGGCGUCUGGUUAAUUGAUUACGCAAAAGCGAAUCAAUUGCCCGAAGGCGUGACAAUUAGUCAUCGUAAGCCGUGGCAGCCGGGAAAUCACGAAGAGGGACUCUUGUAUGGCAUGGAUCAGCUCAUCGGAGUCUUCAAAAUCCUCAACGAGAGAAUAGAAAAGAGUAAAAAGCGCCGCUUUUCCUACAGCAAAACAAAAAAUGAAGAAGCUACCGAGAAAACUAUUUGAUUAUCGCUAGUUUUUAAGUAUUUUACGUAGUUUGUAGAUGAAAAAUUGUUGAUUUUUUUUUGUGAAUGAAUGUUACAGGUCGUUUAGAAAACGAUAGCCAUUUAAGUAGAAAAUGUCGUCAUUUCCUUUUAGUGUUAGCUUUUUAAGUCAAUUUUAAUUAUUAUUAAUUUAUAAAUCGGUCUUUCUUGAGAGAAAAAAACUCGAAUGUCAAAAAAAAUGAUCCACUAGUCCUAUGAAUCCAGCUCGCAGAAGAGCGUAAAAUAUUUACACAAGUACGAUAGUUAGCUAUUAAUUACACAAAUAUACUGAAAAAUAAUAAAAAAGUAAUGUUAAAAUAUU